AUGAAGCAUGCUUCACGGAUAUCCAAAAAGGCGGGUUUAUUAGAAGGUCGACCAUAUCAAGUGGAAAUAGCCAACAUAGCGCGCAGUGAAAGCAUCAUCGUGAAACUGGGUACUGGUCUUGGGAAAUCAUUUAUCGCUGCUAUGGUCAUUAAAGACCACCUCCCCGAAACGUAUCGGCCGGUCGCAGAAGGUGGCAAACGCAUUUUACUCGUCGCGAAAACUGUUCAUCUUGUGUAUCAAUUGGCCGAGUUUUUGCGGUCCCAACUCCCUGUCGCCCCCGAGGAAAUCGGGAUAUACCACGGCCAGGUGGCGCCCAGUAUCUGGAUCGACAGCUGGACAAAAGGUAUUUGGCAAGAACAGCUGGAAAGGCAUAGGGUAUUGGUGACUACUGCCGGUGUCCUCCGCGACGUCUUAAAUCAUCGCAAACUCAGUCUGAAUGACGUUUGUCUCAUCAUCUUCGACGAGUGUCAUCACGCUGAUCCGGACUCGAAAUCCGACUACACCGACAUAUGCCAACACCUUCAUAGCUUUCCACCUGGUAGAUGGCUUCCAGAUUAUUCUCGAGGACCUAAGGGAUGUUGCGACACCAGACUUGAGCCAAACGAUCCCUACUACGAGGUUUCGCAAGUCCUUCUUCGUGGCGUAGAGAAACUUAGACAGCUCUCUUGUGGUGCGGGGAGGGAGGAUUACAUAGAUCUGGAAGCUCUGCUUGACGAAAACAAGAGGAUUAAGAAGGAGGCCUUCCUCACCGUCAUGGAAUUGCACGAGUUCAGUCCGUCAAAGGUGAAGCGCCUCUUCAUUCAGUGUCUCCGUACGAUGGAGGAAUUCGGAGUCUACUGCGCUGCUCAUGCAUGCGAGCAGUUUGAGAGGGUGCUCAAGGGACUUCUGCUUCUGAGUUCAUCUAAAGUCGUAACUAGUCCUCAGUGUGUUAGUAUUAUUCAGACCUGCUUGACCUCAUUGGCGGAAGCACUUGAGACCUAUCGACAAAUCCGUCAGUCGCUCACCGCCAGCCUCACUCAGCCACCGGCGUCCAAUGCCACGGAUCCCGCCUGGGGUGAGUGGAUCAUGGCACACUUUCCGUUGAGCUCAAAGAUGGUCUCGUUGCUGCGUUUGCUACUGCAUUACCGCCGGGUGGUGGAGGGGAACAAUGAGAAUCUGGCUGCGCUGCUGUUGGUAAAGGAGAGGAUCGCGGCGGUGUCGGUGGCGCAUUUAAUCACGGAGAUGUCGGCAGUGACGCCUCUGUAUGGUGGACUGAAGGCGUCGUAUUGUAUCAGUGCGAAUAAGACCAACCCUGUUGUGAGUUGA